UUAUGCUGACGGAGCAGAGCCACUAGUGCCGGGAUGGUGCUGCUGGAGAGCGAGCAGUUCCUGACGGAGCUGACCAGGCUCUUCCAGAAGUGCCGGUUGUCGGGCAGCGUGUUCAUCACCUUGAAGAAGUAUGAUGGUCGAACUAAACCCAUUCCAAGAAAAGGUACAGUGGACAGCUUUGAGCCUUCUGACAACAAGUGUCUGUUAAGAGCUACUGAUGGGAAAAAGAAGAUUAGCACUGUGGUGAGCUCCAAAGAAGUGAAUAAGUUUCAGAUGGCUUAUUCAAACCUGCUCCGAGCUAACAUGGAUGGGCUGAAGAAGAGGGACAAGAAGAGCAAGAGUAAGAAGAGCAAAGCAGCCCAGUGA